UAAACUCCGGCCGCCACUUCCUCCGUCACUCGACCUAUAGUCCUCCCGCCUCUCUGGGAAGGCGUCGGCGACGAUGAAGUUCCGGUACGCCAUGGUAUGCUCGUCGAAUCAGAACCGGAGCAUGGAGGCUCACUCGCUCUUCAAGAGAGAGGGCUUCGACGUCUCCUCUUACGGAACUGGUCAACACGUUAAGCUCCCCGGUCCUUCCCUCAGAGAACCCAAUGUCUACGACUUCGGCACCCCUUACAAACACAUGUUUGAUGAUCUCCGACGCAAAGACCCCGAAUUGUAUAAGCGAAAUGGGAUAUUGCCAAUGCUUAAGAGGAACUUGGCUGUAAAAUCAGCGCCUCAGAGAUGGCAAGAGAAUGCAGCUGAUGGCUCCUUUGAUGUAGUGCUUACGUUUGAGGAAAAAGUUUUUGACAUGGUUAUUGAAGAUCUUCACAACCGAAAUCAUGUUCUCAUGAAGCCUGUGUUGGUAAUCAACUUGGAGGUAAAAGACAAUCAUGAGGAAGCAGCCAUUGGAGCAAGGCUUGCUUUGCUUUUGUGCCAGGAACUUGAAUCUUUUGAGGCUUGGGAGGAAUCAAUCAAUAUGUGCUUGCUCAUGCUAUAGUUAUAUGAAAUCCCGAUCAUGCAUUACUCUUUCAGGUCCCACUGAAUUGUUGUAUACUACUUCUCUGUGCAGCUUGAAUCCACUGAGGCUUGGGAGGAAUCAAUUGAUGAUCUUAUCACUAACUUUGAGAGACAACAUCGAAGGAAGCUUUUAUACAGUGUUUCCUAUUAUUAAUUUUGACCCCUAAUUAUUGGAGGAGGAAUUUUUUUGUAGAUUGACCUGAAGUUGAAAUUUGUUGAUAUGCCAAUGAUUGAUGGCCUUACUCAAGAGUUGUUUUGGUUGUCAUAGCUCUGGAUACAAUAGGAAGCUCCCCUUUCUCCACUCCCCACUCUUGUCUCUUUGGAUUCUUAUCUGCUACUUAUGGCGUUGUACCAUUUUAAGUGUACUUGUUUUUUUCCAUCUAUUUGCUUUCUUCCAAAAGCGAGGUUCAGUA